AUUCUAGUGUCAAAGCCUGCAGUCUGCAAAAACUGGGCCAGGCGAAAAGAAAGCGAGUUGUGACUUCAAACAUCUGUGGCCGACGUCGUGGGAAGUGUACUGGUCCUAAACUAGCACUGCAAGGACUACCCAGGUAUUAAGCGAGCAAAUUCGAUGUGCUGUCUAGGUGCCCAGUCAGCCUUCAUGUUUGUCUUACACGGCUUCGGUGUCCUGCCAGGCCCGCCUGUUCGCGACGCGUGGCCCAUCUUCCUUCUCGCAUGAAUACUGUACCUGCCAGUGGUACAUCCUCUAUCGGUGACAUGCGCAACCACAACUUUGAGCGUAGCCGUCGAUGAUGAUGAUGAUGAUGAUAUUAUCGGCAGUCCUACCAUAUUCACUUCGGAGGAAUAGCUGUCGUCACCCGGCUCAGGGUUGAAUGACGCGCAGACCCAUGCAGUGGCAGAAGGGCAGCACUGUCGGAGAUCCCCAGUCAGGACGUUGGUGAGGACCGUGACUGUGGACUCUUAGGCCUCAGGUCGGUUUGUCGGUGGCUGGGCUCCGACUUCCGAGCGCCAGCCCGGGGCUAAAAGGGCAGCGAUAGUGUAGGCCUGAGGCGCCUAAAUUGCCCCUAGGGCUUGAAAAGGCCACCUCUUGCUCGGGGUCGGCGCCAGGUGGAUGCUCGCCCAAAAGCCCUUAAACCCAAGCCUCCGGGCCUAUAAGGCUGGGCAGAUACUGCCAAGCCACAGGCAAUCAAUCAAUGGCGCUGUACUGCUGUGGCCGCGCAUUCCAUUCAUGAAAUCCCAUCUCGCGGGUGGCCAGAGGGUUGAACAUCCCGCCGCCUGCUGACCGACCAGCACUCGUCCUCGCCGUGGACGCGUGGCCUGGUACCUGGUAUAAAGUACCGGGCCGGUAGAAAUCCUCUUCUGCCUCACACCUAGAUCAUCGCGUUUCCUAUGUCGUCUUCCCUCUUCAUCUCAGGCGUGAAUCCUUUCUCAUCUGCUUGUGCUCAAACAUGAACUUUUCCUCCAUCAAGUAUGGCACGCGCGUCAAGAAGCUCUCGGCUGGAAAUUUUCUGAACGGACAGAGCAUAGAGGGACAGUAAAUUCCACUCUCUGGGGAGUUACCAGCUCCAGGCUGAGUCGUCAGUCUCCGGCGCAACGUGGAAGCCAUCAGAUCCGAAAAGUCUAAGAUCCGGUUGGGUCGAGGCUCGCGAAAUCCGAAGGAGUGUAGCGGGCUUCAUCUUCACAACUCAGUAUGCUACUAGACGAGGCAUAUUGUUCCGUGAGCCUUUGGGCAGAUUGCGCCGCCGGAAUUGACGUUGUGGCUUCUCCAUGUUCAACUUUGCGUGCUGCACGAGAAGUGUGUUUGCGAACAGUGAUGUGAAAGCGCUCAACGAGAGAUAAAGCAUCCCUAGCGAGCCUGGUGCCGGUAACCAGAAAGCGCAAUGCUUCGAUGCCCUUGCUAAUUGUCGAGGACCCUGGAGAUGUAUUCGGCUUCCAAGGAUAGACAAGUCCUCCAAGGAGAAGGAUGAUGAUUGCAGAACUGCACGCAUUAAGGUCAGUGAAUGAAAACUUGGCAAGGCGAUUCCGACUAUGUAGAAGAGCGAUGAUGUCGAGAAUCCUGGUAGCCGCGUCCAGACACUUGGAAAAAAAUAACCCGUUCCGUGGUAGGAUCCGCAGGAUCCGCGUUGACGUUAGCAGUAGCUUCGUGGGUGGCGCGGGACGACUGCAAUUGAAUUCGAGCCAGGGAGAGUAAAGCCGAUCGACCGAGACGAACCCAUAUCAUGUUGUACAUCAAGUCUAGGUGGGCAUUUGACCGUAGCGAUUUCUCAUCAGACAGGAGUGGCAAAUGAACCGGAAGAGCCUGUUUCCAUGACCCCAGGAGCGAGCAUGUAUGAUCAUAUCCUUCCGAGUCUGGUUUCACCGAGCUGUAUGGCCUAUUAGCAUCCAGUCGCAAAUGAGAUUGGCAUCUGGCACUCCUAUCCAUGUGCAUACCUGCCAGUGGUGCUAAGGAAUUGGUCCUUGAUCAAUGUCAACUUGGUGAAUGCCACCAGUCGAUCUAUCUUGCGUGGAUUACUCUCAUCCAAGUCGGCCCUCCGUUGUGGAAGAGGAGCAGUGAUCUCAUCCGUCUGGAGCAUUAUGGGCUGAGCCAUCAUGCCCGAUAUCCAACUGGGUGCCCGUCGUCAAUCAUCUAUGAGGACUUGGGAAAAGAAGGACUCACCGCUCGAUACAAUACGUGGUCCAGAAAACUCUCGUCCUGAUCUCACGAUCCUGUGGUGCAACAUCACUAUUUCUCGCGUUGCGAUGGAGGGAGAGUCCGAUGGCAAUUCGCAAGGCAAGGCCAAGAUAUGUAUAAUGCAAGAGUAGACAGAUCUCCGAGUAUCCAAGGCGAGUCGCAAGUGCUUCUUCGUGAUAGAGUCUUGCAACUAUGUCGCGAACUCUUCGCUCGUCGAAAUAAUAUCGAAAGAAGGUGUCAGCCAGAUACUCGGCUUCCUCCAGAGGCGGUGCUUUGGCUUUGGCAUCCUCGCGGGCUGCCGGGUCAUCUAGAUGCUUGGAAGUGUCUAGGGCAUGAGAUACCUACCUGACAUGGUAUCAACAUGAGCUCUGGUGUGUGUGUGUGUGUGACAAGGAGAGAGUAUAUUGAGCUCACCUGGUCAUCCAGAAUUUUUGAAUUGAGAGGUCGAUGGUGACAGUUGGUUUUAGCCUCGGAAAUCGCGCCGAUGAAUGCGUCUCUGGACUGGAACCGACCCUGAGAAACUCAUUCGGCUUCAAGCUCUUUACAAUUCUGAUAUACUUUCCCAACACCAAAAGGGGCGGUGAGGUCUUACAGCACAAGGCCAGACUUACAUCCUUUGGGGCGACGACAACCGACCACAGGCCAGAACCAAGUACCAGUACCAGCUCAGCGCCAGAACUGCAUUCAUCAAGUCAUAGUCGAAGGCAUAACUUGGCGAGGCUGCAACAAGGAAGAUCUAAAGGCCGUAUUUGAGGAUUGGGAAUUUCUAUGGGGUGCCGGGUUAGGUUCAGUUUUGAACAUCCCUGUGCGAAAAAAACGGAGUGACGGUUGGGUCGCUGAAUAUACUGGACAAGGAACCCGCUUAUGAUGCCGCGGAUUUGGGACUUGCUGAGCAGAUUGCGGAUCUUGUCGCUCUGUGCGUCCAGAGGGAGAGGGACGCCCAAGUUCAACAAAAGACUGAGCAUUCCCUCCCGCAUCAGAUGGCAGAAGAAGAAAAACCACAUAAACCCAUAAACUCUUCAUCCCGGAUCUGAACCCCGGCAAGCUGGGUCAUCAUCAGUCCACCAAUUUGGGGCACAGCACAUGUUGUUCAACUUCCACCACUGCAUGCAUAACCGAAAUUUACCACGUCUAAUCGUGGACUUAUGGUCCUAUAGGACCACUCCCAAAUAUAUCAACACUCGAAGCCGUGACUAAGGAUGCAUGGAGAGGAGGCAUCUUGUAGGCCACUGCAUUCUUCUGGCUGCCAACCAUGUUUGACCCUGAUCUGAAACCAUGAAGUAUCCGAGAGGCAUCGCAUGUGGCUAUCUGCUAAUUGCAUUUGGGCAACAGUAAACAUAGGGCGGCUUAGGCCCCAAGGACACUCGUAGCAACGAUAAUAACCGAGCUGGAAGCCAGGAAAUGGGCACCGUCGGGAUGUAGUAUUUCAGGCGCGCAAAUUUGGGAACCAGGGGCCACGUUAUGGUUCCUGCACAGGCUCUCGGUUGCAAUGUUGCUCGUUCACCGCAAAUCUUCAGGCCUCACCACGCCAAGCUCAUGAUCGCACGGCCACAGGUCAGACAGGCUUAGUAAUGAUUUAGGUCACAUAGGAGGAUGCUCGGUCUGGAAGCGAGAUGGACUUUGGAGAGGUCGGGCUUCACCAUUGAGGACUUUGGUAUUCGUACGAUCCCAGACACCGGUUGAUGGCUGUCCAGUUGAUCAUGCCAAUGAUACUCCCCGGCUCUUUUCAUGCUGGAGCUUCGAACAGCUCCGGCUUCAUGUUGAUCCUGCAUAGUUUUGCUAAACAGCCGCUAAGUUGCAAAAAUGACUGCACGCCCUCAAGGAUACGCAUGUGCGUGAAGCCAAUCUCCUUAAUGAACUCCAGCUUCGAGUGUUCCGACAGCGUAGGAAUCGUCUUGGUUACCCGGAACAUGGUGCUUAU